UAGUUACCAGUUAUUAAAAAAGGCGUAAAAUCCCACAAUAAACUUGUGAUAUAUGUAUUAUUGCUUCCUACCUACGAAUAUUUAUACUUGUAGAUUGUUCUAUGAACAUAACCUAUAUUUAAUCGUAUACAAAACGACAACAAAACAAUAUAUUCAAACAAUUGAUAAAAUGAGUGAGGCACCCCCUGCUAAAAAAGUAAAAGUCGAAGAAGAUGUGAAACCCGAAGUUAACGAUGAUGAAGAAAGUGAUGAGUCCCCGUCAGAUACAGUUGGAAAAACUCCAAGAUUGUGUCCCUACCUCGACACAAUCAACAGGCAAUACCUGGACUUUGACUUUGAAAAACUGUGUUCGGUUUCCUUAACAAGGAUAAACGUGUAUGCUUGUUUAGUGUGUGGGAAAUAUUUCCAGGGCAGGGGUACUAAUACACACGCCUAUACCCAUUCAGUGGCUGAAAGCCAUCAUGUGUUCUUAAAUUUACAGACCUUAAAGUUUUAUUGUCUGCCUGACAAUUAUGAAAUUAUUGAUUCGUCCCUGGAUGAUAUAAAGUAUUUAUUAAAUCCAACCUUCACUGAGGAGCACAUUAAAUGUCUGGACUCCAAUACAAAACUCUCAAGAGCCAUUGAUGGGUCUUUAUACAUGCCUGGAAUUGUUGGUUUAAAUAACAUCAAAGCCAAUGAUUAUUGUAAUGUUGUCCUGCAAGCAUUAUCCCAUGUAACACCUUUAAGAAAUUACUUCCUACGUGAGGAAAAUUAUGGUAAGAUCAAGAGGCCACCUGGAGAUUCGGCUUACUUGCUUGUCCAGAGAUAUGGGGAAUUGAUGAGGAAGUUAUGGAACCCUAGAAACUUUAAAGCUCAUGUAUCCCCACAUGAAAUGCUUCAAGCUGUUGUGCUGUGGAGUAAAAAGCGAUUCCAGUUCACACAACAAGGGGAUCCAAUUGAUUUUCUAUCAUGGUUUUUAAACGCCCUCCACAAGGCUCUGAAUGGUACAAAGAAAAAGGACAGUUCAAUUCUUUAUAAAACAUUCUUAGGUAAUAUGAGGAUUUAUACACGCAAAAUUCCCUCAACAGAUUUGGACGACAAGCAAAAGAAAGCUUUGAUGGCAACUGAGGAGUAUCAGGAAGUUAUUACAGAGUCUCCAUUUCUAUAUUUGACUUGUGAUUUGCCUCCACCACCUCUAUUUAUUGAUGAAUUUAGGGAAAAUAUUAUUCCUCAGGUUAAUCUGUACCAGUUACUCACCAAAUUUAAUGGAGAGACUGAAAAGGAGUAUAAAACUUACAAGGAAAACUUCAUGAAGAGGUUUGAAAUCACCAAAUUGCCUCCAUUUUUGAUACUAUACAUCAAAAGGUUUACUAAAAAUACGUUCUUUAUUGAAAAGAACCCUACAAUUGUUAAUUUCCCUGUGAAGAAUGUAGACUUUGGUGAGUUUUUAACAAAUGAAGUUAAGGCGAAACAUAAAAACACAGUCUAUGACCUGGUGGCUAACAUUGUUCACGACGGUGAACCCACGAAAGGGACAUACAGAGUUCAUAUUUUACAAAAAUCUACAGGGCAGUGGUAUGAAAUGCAAGAUCUUCACGUCACCGACAUUCUACCCCAAAUGAUCACCCUUACAGAAGCUUAUAUACAAAUUUACGAGCUGAGGACAUCAUAGCUAUUGAUUAAUUAAUUUUUGUAUCUUAAAUAAAAGUGUAAAGCAGAA